CCUCUACCAAUAUUGUCUGUUCUGAAAUGCACUCUGAUUUACCGCCUCGACCUCCAUAGUGCUAUCGCUAUUCAAUAACGAGGAUUCCCUGUACUCGAUCCAUUGGGCACUCACAGUUAGCGUCCUUCUCGCCCCUUAACGUGGAGAUUGGAGUCCAUCGCUGCCAUGUCGGCCCCGCAAAUCUUCUCCGAGGAGGAUAUCUCGAAUCUUACCUACCGCCGGACCAAAUACGUCCAUGAAAUGAUCAGAGACAUUACCCCAGCAAAACCUUCAAAGAUAACUCGGAAAGCUUCUAUUGCUUCGCUUGGCGAGCUCGAUCUCCUCCCUGCGGAGCUCCUACUCCUCAUCCUCAGGUUUCUCGACUUCCAGUCCUUGUCCCGAAUUUCCCGCGUUUCCCUAACGGGUAAAGAGAUUGUGGAAGCAUUGCCAGAGUAUAAAGACAUGAUGACGCAUGCGCCAGAAACACUACGUGCGUUGGGGAUGACCAGGUUGUUGCAGUGCCAUUCCGCACCGCUGCUCCACCAAACCCUCCGGAGCGACAAGUGCGUCUCGUGUUUCGAAUUUGGAGGCUUUCUAUUCCUGCCGACUUGCGAGAGAGUAUGUGUCAACUGCUUGUUUAGUAAUGAUGCACUUCGAAUGACUACGCGGGCCAUCGCUAAGCAAUGCUUUGGCCUCACGGACAAACAUCUUAAGCGAAUCCCCACCAUGUACAGCAUACCCGGGACCUACACCCUCUGGUUCCGGAUUUCCCGCAAGCGAGUCUAUCGUCUUGUCAGCGUGAAGCAGGCAAAACAGCUGGCAAUUGAGGUUCACGGGUCGGCCGAAAAUGUGGCCAAGCUGAUGCCGAAAGAUCCCGCCGAACCGAUGACGGAGAGACAAUUCUCCAUUUUCAAGCAGUUUCACGAAGCCUCUCUAGAACCGGGGGCGUGCGAUCUGGCAAGACUUCCUGGCGAUGAUGGCGUUAUUAGGGACGACUAUUGCAGUAUGGCUUCUAUUCGCUUCCCGUAUCUAACGGAUGCAGGUGCAUACUAUGGACGCAUGUGUCGGGGGUGUUUUGUUACUUGCGAACACUAUCAACGAGAUUGGGUACCUGCUAGGGUGCUAUCAAAGCUUGUUCCGCCAGGUGUCGAACCUGAUCAUGUAUUGAAUCGGGCUAUCUAUCGAUUACAUUCAAAAGAUGGGUUCCUGGAGCAUGUAAAGGAUUGUCACGGUGUGCCUCUCGUGCUUGCCGUCCGAGAGGGCGACUGGAGGGAUCCAUCUGAAGUGCGACCCCGAUUUAUAAAUUAGCCAGAAGGUUUAUUGAGAACCCCCUACCACUUGCUAGUUCUAGCUUUGCACGAGACCGGAUUACAGCCGGGUCCUGGAACAGAUUCAGAGAGCUCCUUCAGUCCUUGGCUGGUGACCUUCGCCGAGUACUUAUAUUCGAUUUGGGUGCGGUGCUGCGGGGAGAUAUGGGAACUUCAGAGAUGAUGGCCAUUUGCUCUAGUUAGGUAGAUUAUGUCGCAACCCAAUUUACGAGCCGAGAUGGCACAGUCUUUAGUGGUUGUAAGGC